GACCAUGGCGAAGUUCACUCACAUUUUACUACUACUCUAUCUUCUAAAAUAUAAUCUUGCCGAGGAAUGUCCCAAUAGUAAAAACGAACAAGAGUAUCGCACCUGGUUAAAAGAAUUAUAUGAAGAAUUAAUGUGUUACAAGUCGAAAAAGGCUCCGCCAGGAAUCAACACAAUUGGUGUCCAUAUGAAUGUGGAAAGAUACAGCUUACAAACCGAUAAAGAAAUAUUCAGUGCUGAAACAGUUUUAAAUAUCACUUGGAAAGAUGAACGACUAAUGUGGGAUCCAGACAAACACCACGGUAUCAAGGAAACUGAAACGGAUGAAUUCUUUUAUUGGAUUCCACAAAUGGAACUAAUCAACGUAGAAGACAUGUUCAACAAUGAAAUAACGUCUUUAUAUCUUUGUAAGAUCCAGUACAUGGGACUCGUUAACUGUCGGCACAAAAUGUACCAUGAAACAUGGUGUAGCGUCAAACUCACUAACUGGCCCUACGAUAUUCAAGAAUGCAGUUUGGAAUUUGGACAUGAGUAUCUGAGUAAAGAAAAUUAUACAAUACAUCUUAGAACAGCAAUAGCCGAUGACUAUACAGCUGGAUGGCACAUUACUGAAUUUAAACAGGAUUAUAACGUGGGUGGUAGGAUAGGAGUGAGAGUGACUUUUGUGUUAGAAAGAGAAGCAGCUGGUUUGUCUGCGAUCUACAUACAUCCAGCUUUAGUGUUGACUGUGCUCAAUAUUGUGACUCUCUUCUUAGAUGUGAGACGUAAUGUAAGGCUAGCAGUUAGUUGCUUCACAUUAUCUAUACAUUAUUAUAUGCUUGUACAAUUAGACAUUGACAUGCCUAAAGGCAAUGCUUUUACUCCUAUCAUAUUGUUGUACUACCGCGGUUCUAUUAUUUUGACCAUUAUAACCAUUCUUUUAACUUUAAUCUUGGCCAAAGUUUGCAGUUUAAAUUCAAAUCCACAUAAUUAUAUUAAGCUUGUCAAUGAUUUUGUGUGUGAUAAUAAGUAUUCUAGCUAUUUAGUGUUUCCUAAAUGGGAGUCUGAUGACGUCACUGUUGAUUCCAAAUCGUCUAAUGAAGAUUAUGUAAUAUUUGCGAAUGUAGUGAAUAGUGUUUUCAUGUUUUUGAUUGUUUUUACUUAUUUUGGUUUAUACAUUAGCAAGAUUCCGAAAUAGAUUUUAUGAUGAACAACUAAAUGUUAGCUUUUUAAUAUUAUUAUGGCGCUAAGUUCAUGUACAUAUGUAAUUAUGUACUCCAGUAUAAUAUCUCAUUAAGUUUGAUCUGAUUUUUUUGGUAUAUUUGUUUUAAUAAAAAUAUAGAAAUUGUCAGUAA